CCCGGAGGGGACGGCCCAGCCAGGCUGGGGUCCGCGCGAGGCCUCCCGAGAGGCGGCAAAGGGCGCUGGGAAGGCGCAAGCCCGCGCCGGCUCCCUGCGGAGGUCCGGGUCGGAGAGGGGCGCCCGGGAGGGGCGGGUCUACUGGCACGUGGAGGGGCCGGCCCGGGUUCGCGUUUCCGCGUGCCCAGGCAGGAGGGGCUGCAGACGCCUGAGCUCCGUAGGGGUUGGGGCUGGGGGCUGCGGAGCUGUCUACAUCGGACUCCUCCGGGUCAGCCCGUUAGGAGCCGCCUCCGCUCUGCCCCUCCGAAGGGACGAGCGGCCCAGACAGGCCUGGGAAGGCCCCUCUGCCCCGUCAGGGGUGAAAAGCAAAGCUGGAAGGAUUCGGAGAGGGUUGGGGCCGUCUUCCUCAUCCUUCCUUUUCUCGGGGCUCCCCUGGCGACAUCAUGGCAAAUUCCCAAACUGGACGGAUCCGGCUCGGGUUACGUCCAGCAGGGCCGAACCGGCCCAGGCCGGCCCCGGGGUCCUCAGUGCCGGCUGGAGGGGCUGGGCACCUCUGGGGCGGGGUUCUGCUCCACCUGCCCUCGGGGCGGACUGUGCCCUCGGCGGGCACGCGGACCGGCGGGGUAGGGCUAGGACCCGGCUUCUCUGGGCCAAGGAUCAAGGUCCCUGCCUGGAUUAGGUCCCCACGCAUUCCCGUCUUCGGAACCCGGCCUCUUAAGAGGGCGCAGUAGAGCCCCAGCGGAGCGCGAGAACCCGCUCUACAGCCUAUUUCUUCUCCGCCCUGGGCAGAGCCACCUGGACGUGAGACCCGCCCUCAAAGCCGAAGCCUCUCGGAAGCAAUCUUCCGGGACGGAAGUUAAGUAGCCCCGAGCGGGAGACUGUGGCGGAAGUGGUCGCGUUACCGCUUGUUUGUGCGCAUGCGCCACUUUUGUCUGGCCGCGGAGCUUUCAGGAGCUGCUCUUGGUUCUCUCCGGUCUUGUCCGCGCUAGGGGGUGCGCGUACUCCCAACUGUGGUCGCGCGCUCACCCCUUCUGCUGCUCUCGCGGCCCCCUCGCGAUGGCGGGCAUCCUGUUUGAGGAUAUUUUCGAUGUGAAGGAUAUUGACCCGGAGGGCAAGAAGUUUGACCGAGUGUCUCGACUGCAUUGUGAGAGUGAAUCUUUCAAGAUGGAUCUAAUCUUAGAUGUAAACAUUCAAAUUUACCCUGUAGACUUGGGUGACAAGUUCCGGUUGGUCAUAGCUAGUACCUUGUAUGAAGAUGGUACCCUGGAUGAUGGUGAAUACAACCCCACUGAUGAUAGGCCUUCCAGGGCUGACCAGUUUGAGUAUGUAAUGUAUGGAAAAGUGUACAGGAUUGAGGGAGACGAAACUUCUACUGAAGCAGCAACACGCCUCUCUGCCUACGUGUCCUAUGGGGGCCUGCUCAUGAGGCUGCAGGGGGAUGCCAAUAACCUGCAUGGAUUUGAGGUGGACUCCAGAGUUUAUCUCCUGAUGAAGAAGCUAGCCUUCUGAACCUCGCCUGAAGCCAGCCUCGCUGCCAAGUCACUCAGGUCAUGGGCAUUGUUCAAGCCUGAGUGGCAGCCGCUCUUGCCCCUCUUGAGGAGGGGCUGGCUCACUGUCCACUGUGGUGGCAUCUUUAACUGGCCUCCACUCAGUGGGAAACUGACUCGCCUGUGAAAGACACAGUGGGAGAGCUGAAAAUGAAUCAGAAGCUUUAUGUAUAUGAUUUUGAAAUUAAACUUUACUUUUUCAGACUGCCCCUCCCCUUUUUGUAAAAAGUCCAUUUACUGUAAAAUCGUUUUUUCCAA